UGCAUUCAAAUGAGUGAAGUUGUAAAUUAAUUAAAAGCCUUAUUUUGAGAAGUAAGGUAAAAAAAUAUUCAUUUUGAAAACUAAACACAUGAGCUAAAGAUAGUAUUUACAAUCUUCGAUUUUGCUGGAACAGUAAAUAAAACAACUCCGCCCUUUAUCAGCAGAUAUGUUUAAUAAAUUGUUUCGGAAGAGUGGUAAAUAUCGAAAUGGAAGAAUCUGUUGCAAUCAGAGUAGAAAAGUUUAUGAUAACAGAUGUUGUGGCCACAUAAGGUAAUCCACUAUCCGAAAAACGGAACGAACGCUGUUCCGAUCAGGACAUACUGAACGAUGAAAGUGUCUCCGCAGACAGACGUCCAAGCUGAGUUCCAAACUUGUGUAAAGUUUUUCAUAGUAGCAAUCCGUAACCAGAUAGCGCUACCAGUACCGCCAGCCUCGUACACCAGCGGAAAAAAAUGUAUUUUAGCGAUAAGGUCACCAGGCGGCGCUAGUGUAUAAGUGAUUUAUAACGCAAUAUACUUUGAAAAUUUACACGGAAAUUUUGAUCAAUGUUGUUCUUGCUUGGACGUCUGUCUGUGGUGUCUCCUUGGAACGAAAACGUGAAAUCGAAGUCGGUGAACUGUUACCGCCGAGAACAGUUGAUGAUGAAAUCCCAGCUUCCAAUUUUAGUUACAACUCUAGCCACUCGACUGAAGAGCGCUAGUUUGUAUUAGAGUAAAAAACUUCAUAGUUGACAUCGUUGAAACGUUUCAUUUUGGCCGCUGGAUUCAGACGUUUCGAACGUUUCAGACAGAAGAGAUCAAAAUGAAAUAUUUCGAAAAUCGGUGGUAGGACAUAAAUGUCAUAUGUUCUUGUUGUCGUCAAGUUCUCCGCUCGUAUUUUUGUUUGAAUGCUAUUGGAAAAUCAAGUUUUCCGCCGUUGAUAAUUGUUCAAGCAAAAGCUGAUGUGUUCCGUUAUCGUUGAUACGAAUAUGGUUUUGGAAGUCUUGAUAUAGUGAAAAAUAUUCGGGAUCGUGAGGAAUCAUUUUCAGCGGAGAUGGAAGAAUCUCUUACGAUAAACGUGGAAGAACUUACUACAAUAAAAGUGGAGGAGAUUACGAUAACCGAUAUUCUACAUGCAACAGAGCGACCACUAAUCAUUAGUAGUCACGAAAACUUUGAGGAAACGACAAGGUCGGUUGUGACCAGAGAAUCGGCGGUACAUAUGGAUGAAACCGGACUAACAAAAAAGCAGAUUAUGGCAAACGCAGGAGCUGAUGACAAAAAUGUAACAUCCAGUUGCAGCGUCGCAGAAACGACGAGGACAAAAUGUGGUGCUCUGACGGAAUACAUUCGCAAUAUCUGCGAUAAAGAAUGCAGUUCAAAACCUGCCCGACGAUACCACAGGAGUACUCGCAUCAGCGAUCGUUCUCUCCAGUGUGACCUUUGUGGCAAAACAUUUGCAAGCUCUACUGGUUUUAAUUACCAUAAAAGAAAUGUUCAUACACGCGUAAAAAUCGGUUUCGAUUGUAAAAUAUGUGACAAAAGUUUUUCACGCUCUAGUCAGUUAGUCGAACAUUUAAAAUAUCAUAACAUAGAUACUACGUAUAAAUGUGACAUCUGUGGCAAAGAGUACCAUUCAAAACCUGCACUCCGAUACCACAGGAAUACUCACACCAGCAACCAUUCUCUCCAGUGUGACCUUUGUGGCAAAACAUUCACAAGUUCUGUUGGAUUUAAUUACCAUAAAACAAAAGUUCAUAUUUCUGCAAAAACUAGUUUCGAUUGCAAAAUAUGUGCCAAAAGCUUCUCGCGGUCUACGCAUUUAGUAGAACAUUUAAAAUAUCAUAACAUAAAUUCUUCGUAUAGAUGUGACAUCUGCGGUAAAGAAUGCGGUUCAAAACACGCUCUCCGAUACCACAUGAAUAAACACACCAGCGAUCGUUCUCUCGAGUGUGACCUUUGUGGCAAAACAUUUACAAGUUCCGCUGGAUUGAACUACCAUAAAAAAAAUGUUUAUAUAUGCGGCAAAAGAAGUUUCGAUUGUAAACAAUGUGACAAAAGCUUUUCGCGCUAUAUUCAGUUAGUUGAACACUUAAAAUGUCAUAACAUAAAUUCCUCGUAUAAAUGUGACAUCUGCGGUAAGGAAUGCAGUUCAAAACCUUCCCUUCGAUACCACAGGAAAACACACAACGGCGAUCGUUCUCUCGAGUGCGACCUUUGUGGGAAAACAUUUACAAGUUCUGCUGGAUUGAAUUACCAUAAAAGAAAUAUUUAUACAUGCGGAAAAAAAAGUUUCGAUUGUAAAAUAUGUGACCAAAGUUUUUCGCGCUACACUCAUUUAGCCGAGCAUCUAAAGUAUCAUAACAUAAAUUCCUCGUAUAAAUGCGACAUCUGUGAUAAAGAAUGCCGUUCAAAACCAGCCCUCCGGUACCACAGAACUACACACACCAGCGAUCGUUCUUUCGGGUGUGACCUUUGUGGCAAAACAUUUACAAGCUCUGUUGGAGUAAAUAGUCAUAAGACAAAUAUUCAUAAACGUGAAAAUAAUAGUUUUGAUUCUAAAAUAGAGUGGUCUACCAAUCCUCGGUAGUCUAUGUCGGUUAUGUUUAAAACUGUCCUACACUCCAUAUUAUUAAUUUCAUUAUUAAAAGUUGUGAAAAGUUAAACAGAGCUUUUGAAUUUAAUUGUAAACAUUCACUUUCACAAUUCCAUUUUUGUGAACCCAUUUGCGUUCUUGGCUCACUUAGUCAGCAGCCGGCAGAGAAAGAAGACACCAAUUCCGUGUGCUCCAAAGGAAAUCAAUACUAGUGAUGUCAUUUGUGUAGAUGUGUAAGAUGCGCGUUUAUGUACCUGAUUAACGUGCUUUGAUACAUGUUGUUUUUUGCAAUGCGAGAACAAAAGGAAUCGAAACAUUAUUGAAGUAGAAUACUUCUCUCAGGAAGUUCGGCUACAUAGGGAUGUGAAAUGAAAAUCUAAAACCGAAAAAAGUGAAAAAUAUGUCCAAUUUCAAAUGCUAAUAAAUCGAUUAGUAUUCGAUGGAUUUCCUUCGUUCUUGCAGCAAUAGAUUGGAAAAUCUUCUAAGAUUCUUCCCAAAAGAAGAUAAUUGUAAUUUUAUUACCCACACUAUUGUAUUAUUGAAAAUAGUCAAGCCUAGUCAAAACGAAAAAUUCGACCUCUGAUUGGUCGUUAUAUGAUUGCUUCCCAAGCACGGCCGACAGAAUCAUAUACCUUGCAAUUUAAAACAUGCUAUUUGCCCUAUAUAAGAGCCUGUUUAAGCCGAAGCCGCUCAUAAUAGUUCUAGACAGCGACAACAGCAGUCGUCCUCCUUUAGCAGCAGCACUAGCAAUGCAGUGAAUACCAGCGACGGCGGAAAGCGGUAACAGCUGUGGCGUAGCAAUGGAUAGCGCACUAGUUGCAGCGGAUUCCAGCCACGAUAGCAGCUAGGGGUGGGCGAAACGGCAAGAGCGGCUCUGAACCGCUCACUCACCGUUCCGAACCGACUCAUAUGAACGGCUCAUGGUUCACAAUGAUUCACGAGCGUUGACAGUUCGUGUUUUCUCGGUAAACUUCGAGUUCGCGCGAACCCAUCAAUUCUGGUGCGCUCAAAGAACCGUGGCUCUUUUUCGUGAGCCGUUUGUUCUUUCGCUCUUUUCUAAGAACCGGUUCAUAUGAACGGCUCGUGAGCUGUUUGCCCAUGCUUAAUAGCAGCUGGGCCAGCUGAUUCAGGCACAGUUGAUACCAAUGGCAGCGUAUAGCGGCCACAACUGUGGCAUGGCUAUGGAUAGCGUAGCAGUUGCAGCGGGUAUCAGCAUCGAGAGCGGCUGAUGCAGUGAGGCACUUUAGUGAAAUGCAGUCUCUGUGCGAUAUUGGGCACAAGUAAAUGCAUUCAACGGAAAGUUGGCUCAUUUUAACAACAUUACGCCGUCAAGUUUUAAGUGUUAAAGCAGCUUUUCACUGUUUAUUUUAUCACAAGGAAUACUUUAUUUGCACAGUCAGUGAUAACGCAAAGAUGUGAUCGGCAUCUUAUCCGAUACUAAAAUGAACAACAAAUUGUCCUUUUCAGGAUGAAAUAAAAACUUGAUUGAAGAGUUAAUAUUUUCUAAUGAGUUAAUUCACAUUUUUAAAUUUGUAAAAGUAAUAAAUUUUGUCUCAAAACGUACUGAAUUAUCUUUUCCUUCAGUCAUGAGCACGACAUCCGAAAAAACUUCAUCUCAAAAUAUAAAAAUUGUCAAGCCCCAACCAUGACAAGCAACUUACUAUAUUAUUGAAAAUGGCCAAUCUUGGUUGAAGCGCAAAAUUCGAUUGAUCUAAUUAGUCAACGUUUAUUUACUAGAAUAAAUGACUGACACGCAAGCAGCCGGGUUAUCUUUCUUAUAAAAGUAUUCUACUUCAACCUUGCGGUCGUGGCUUUGCACACAACCCUCCUGUUUUUUUUUAUUCUCGCUUAUUUUCCGUCGGUCUAGUUCCCAAGUUCCGCCACUGUUGUUGUACCAAUAACCAACGCCCGGGAAGGCGACUCCACCCAGGACCCUAACUUACUACCUGUUGAUUGACGGACCAGCGCCAACGGCUUUACUUUCUCAUGCGAUAGAAGGUGCGAUCCCAGAGAUUUUUCGCCUCAGAAUUUCAGAAACCUUACUACUCAACGGUUGCCCGACUUUCUUUGAAAAACAUUCCCUAGAAAACAAAGUGCCGAAAGAUUUUCUCCAGAAUACCAAAACCCGGUCUUGGGCUGUUUCCCUCUCUUCCCUUACACCCGCUGCUCGGGCAUCCUCGACGACAGCGCGUGCGAGGUCUGCCUCGAAGUCGUCGGCUUCUAUCCGGUUCUCUGCUAGAUAUUAUUUUUGCCGGCCGCUCAUCCGCCAUCUGUGCUACGUGGCCAGCUCACAGUAACCUGCCGUGUUUCAUCAGCUUUACAAUAUCAGUGUGCUUGUAUACUGCGUACAGCUCAUGAUUCGGGCGCCUGCGCCACACUCCAUUUUCUAGUUUGUUUUUGUAUUAAUCGCAGGACUCUACGCUCGAAGACCCCAAGCGCUCGUUGAUCGGCCUCCUUUCACGUCCACGAUUCAUGUCCGUAGAGCGCCGCUGGAGGAUCAGAGUUCCUGAUUCCGUUAAUAGUUCUAUGGAAGCUCCUCGUGUCGUGCCUCGUAAAGCAAUUCUCCGCCUCCGCGAGGACGCGGUUGUAGGGCUCACGUUUCUCACGACGCCGAAGCCUCUUUUUGGCAGCUCUUGCCUCUCGGUAUUUCUCCCGCAUCUGACGCGUCACACGCUGAUAACUUCCCAAUGUCCAUCUUCCUCACCGAUCUCGCGCGAAUCUUACCUAACACGAGAUAAUGAUCCGAGUCGAUGUUUGACCUUCGAAAGGAUCGCCCCUAUGACGUCUGAAAAGUGCCGGCCGUCGAUCAGCAUGUGGUCGAUCUUGGAACAGGCUUCUCUAUUGGAGUGUCU